UUUUUGUUGGCGAAAAUUCGUCGUCUCUCAGACAUGGCGGUGCUCCUCCGAAAUCCCCAAAUUUAGGAGGAGCCGUUGCCGGAACAUUAUAAAAAUCAUACAUAUAUCGUAUCUAUUAUCUAUAUCACUCAAUAUAAUUAUAUAUACACAUACAUAAAUAAAUACAACAGUGCUUAUGGAUUUCGAUGAAGAAACAACAAUUGAAUGGAAAUUGAUUUGGAUACAAAAAUUAUAUACAAUGACUUCAGCUGAAAAGAGGAAGGGAUUUGUUGAUUAAUUGCAGAUUCUCGGUUUUGGUUUUGUUUUAGUUUAAAGUUUUGAUUAAUCGUUAUAUAGGAUAGUUGAUUAAGAACAAUGUGUGCAAUAGUGUAAUUGAAGUGUAAAGUAUUGUGUGGCAUUCCCUUAAAAAGGGGAGAGAUUAUUAAGUUAAGCUUUAUUUAGGAUUAGGUGACUUGUACUAAUUUUGGUAUUAUGGGAGUGCCACAAGAUCAAUGCAUUGGGAGUUCCGAGGUUGCAGGGACAUCGAGCACCUUGGAAUGUAGCUUGCCUCUAGUUGAUCGGGGCGGUUGUAAUUUGAAUGAGAUGAAAUCUGAGAAUGUGACAAAUUGUGGUAGACUUUGCUUUGAUUCGUUAUUUGGUGAUUGUGGUAGUAAGACGUGUUUGGAGAGCUUUAAUUUUACGGAUGUGGCGGGUAAAGAGUCUAAUGAUGGUUUAAAAUUUGGGUUACAGAACGUUAAGACCUCAUUUUCUAGGAUUGUGGGAUUUGAAUCUGACAAGGAUGUAUCCUCAAAUGCGUCUAGGUGUAGUAUGAACAUGGAUGAUAAGAAAGUUAGUGUGUCUAUGGCCAAGAAGAGAAUGUUGUCACCAUUGAACAAUAUGCUUUCUUUUCAGCCGUUUGACGGUAAUCAUAUAGAUAUUGAAUAUAGGAGUGCCAAAACUGAUGAUCAAAAGGUGAAAAGUUAUAAGAAAGCAAAUAUAGGGAACGGUACUCAUUCUUCUGAUUUUAUGUGGCCUCUGUCUGAUCACUCUGAGCAGAACAUAUUACAGAAGUACAAUAGAACAUCCUCUGGUAUUUCCAUAGAUGGGCCGGUUCUCAAGGAAAAUGAAAUGCUUUCUCAUUUCUUUCCUCUAGGGUUUAAGGAUUUUAAGGAGUCGAGCAAGCUAAAGCUGCAGACCAAGCCUAUAGGAAUACCUGUCGACAAGGUGAGCUUGACCCGUUCUUCUCCCUUAGGUCCAAGAUUUUCCAAGGAAGUGACAACUGGGAGUGCUUUCAUGAAUUUGACCAAAGAGAUAGAGGGAGAACAUCCAAUGAUUGAAAAUGUGGAUAAUUCAGAAAGAGAGAUCAUCUCGGGUACCACAUUUGUAUCGAGUGAAGUGGACUAUAAGAUGCCAAGCAAGUCACUUGAAGAAAUCGGUUAUUUAUGUGAUGAAAUCAGGUCGUGUUCUCCUGAAAGCUACACAGGCAAGAGCUGGCCUAUUCAGAAAGAUUUGGGAUUUAGCCCCCACUUAAGGAAUUUAAGGGGGAGAACAAGGGGUCUUUCUGUUAGGAGGUCGUUAGUGGGGUCUUUUGAAGAAUCACUUUUAUCUGGUCGGCUUUCAUCCGGGGACAUAAGCAAGAGAAUUGAUGGUUUUCUGGCUGUACUAAGUGUAAAUGGGGGCACCUUCUCACCAAAAGCACGGAAACUUCCCUUUGCAGUUACUAGUGUUGAUGGAGAUAGCUACUUAUUGUACCAUGCUUCAAUAGAUCUUGCAGGGAUUUCCUCAUCAAGCAGUGCAAGGAGCAAAAUGAGGAAAAUCCGCUUUCAAAAUGAUGAUACUCAAAGUUCUCAAAGCCGUUUGCGCAUUCCAAUGAAGGGGCAGAUACAACUGGUUUUAAGCAAUCCAGAGAAGACGCCUGUUCAUACUUUCUUCUGUAAUUAUGAUUUGAGCGACAUGCCAGCUGGCACAAAGACUUUCCUACGACAUAAGGUCACCCUUGCAUCAUCCACUCCAACUCAAAGUUCAGAAAGUUGUUGCUCUGGUCAAAAUGAAGGUUAUGAGUGCAAUGUUCAUGCUUGUCGGGUGAAUGGUGACCUGAUUUCCAAUUGGGAGGAUCAUGCCCAACUGAAAACUUUCAACAAAUACAAAAGCGUAUGCUCAAGGGCCAAUGGAAAUACUGCUUCAGUUGGCGCACUACGCUAUGCUCUUCAUCUUCGUUUUCUAUGCCCUCACAGGAAAUGCUCAAGACUGGUUCAGAAGUCUAUUUUUGAUCCUGUUUCUCCAUCUCAACUGAACAAUUUAGAUAAACAUGGGGACCGGAAGUUCUUCCUAUGCAGUAAUAUGAAAGUGGUGUUCCCACAGCGCCAUUUAGAUGAUGAUGAAGGGAAGUUAAAUGUAGAAUACCAUUUUCCAGAAGAUCCAAAGUAUUUUGAUAUUGGCUGCUGAUAUGUAUCAAUCUGAGGUUGAGGAACAUAAUGUAUGGUUAUCAAGCAUUUUGAAGAACAAGGGACUUGGCAAUUUUGAAUUAUUUUAUUUUUUAUUUCCCUUUUUGAUAUGUGAGGAAGCAACCAAAUGCAGUUAUAGAACUUAGGAAAUAAAUGGGAUGGCCUGUACCUUCUUUACAUUGUACAUUUGUACAUGUAUACGAAAUGUGAUUUACCUUUAUAGCUA